AUGCAUUGUACUACUUCAUGGAANNNNGGACAGAUUCAGUGCUGGAAAAUUCCUAUGGGAAACACCUACAGUAACUGCAGCUCGCGCCUCGAGGGAAUCGCUACACUGCCGGUCCUCCUUCCAUUCGGGAUCACAUUAUUCGCGUUUGAUUUCGCGGGCUCAGGGAGGUCCGAUGGCGAAUACGUCAGUCUGGGGUACUUUGAAAAGGACGAUCUAGCCUGCGUGGUGGAGCAUCUGAGGGCCACGGGAACUGUUAGCACUAUCGGGCUGUGGGGUCGUAGUAUGGGUGCAGUGACUGCAUUACUACACGGUGAUAGAGAUCCUAGUAUUGCAGGAAUGGUGCUCGAUUCGCCUUUCCAAGACCUGCGUAUUGUAGCUGAAGAAUUGGUGAUUCAAUUUGGUGGUUUCCGAGUACCGAAAUUCAUUGUAAACAUUGCUAUGAGCAUGAUACGCAAUUCAAUCAGAAGUAGAGCCAACUUUGAUAUCAACGACCUAGUACCUAUCAAACAUGUCGAUCGGACUUUUAUACCCGCCCUUUUCGCAGCUGCCGAAGACGACACGUUUAUUAAACCGCACCACGCUCGAGCACUCUAUGAAGCUUAUGCAGGGGACAAGAAUUUGGUCACAGUUGAGGGAGAUCACAAUUCUGUGCGACCCAAAUUCUUCACAGAUUCUGUCGCGAUAUUUUUCUUCAACACUUUACAGUGUUCAGAACUUGUUGGGAGUUGGC